CCGCUUUCGGACGAUCGAUUCAAACCUCACCAGACGCUUGUUCAAUGAAGACCGCAGUGGUGCUCGGCCUGAUAUGUUGCCACCUAGUGCUGUGUUGGUGUACCGUGCGAGGAAACGACACAGCAAACGACGCGGAACCCUUCCAAGGAUUGAAAACGAACCUUAUGUUUCAGGUGCUGAAACGACUGGACGAGAUUGAUCAGCGCAUAAGCCAUUUGGAACGAAGAAUACAGAAUAAUCACCACAUAACUAUGGCAUCCGUGCGGGACAAACUGGAAGGAAUCAGUGAUAAGCUCGAAAGCAUCAACAAAACACUACGUCAAAAUGUGGGCACGUAUUAUGCUUCCUGUCAGGAAGCGCCGGCCUUGCUGAGUGAUGUGUACACGAUCAAACCACCGGCAUCGAGUGUGGCCCCGUUCCGAGUGUACUGUGAGCAGAGCUACCGAAAGGGUGGUUGGAUUGUGCUAAGUCGUCGAUUUGAUGGAUCGCUCAACUUCACGCGGGAUUGGAUAGACUAUCGGGACGGGUUCGGAACACCGGAGGGCGAAUAUUGGUUGGGGUUGGAGAAGAUGCAUCGCAUCACGGGAGCAGAUUACUUCCAGCUGUUGGUGCAUCUUAAGGACCACGAAGGUACGGUCAAGACGGCACUGUACGAUGAGUUUGAGAUUGGUAACGAAUCCACCGGCUAUCGGUUGUAUUUGGGUGCGUUUGUGGAGGGUAAUGCAAAGGAUUCGUUGCGGCCCAGUGUUGGGAUGAAGUUUUCCACACCCGACCGGGAUAACGAUGAGCAUCCGGGGUCUUGUGCGGAUUAUUACGCUAGUGGUUGGUGGUACCGGAACUGUAUGAAUGCCAAUCUCAACGGAGUCUAUCGACAGUAUGACCCACGGAAUGCGACAAUGAACUGGUUCGGAUUCAGGGACGACCUUCAAGGUUUGAAGGAGGCAACGAUGAUGAUAAGAGAGGUGUCGUCGUAGAAGUCUACGACUUCAUGUACUGUAUUUACUAACCUUGUAGCAAACGCAUUCCCUGUGCAAUGAAGACGCCAUUCUUGUAGCUUCUAAUCUAACUUUUUUAUACUGUGAUUCGGUGAUGCCGAUUUCUGUUAUCCAAACUCAAUGCUCCUCACACUCACACUUCUUCACAAGCCACAUGUCGUGUUAAAUAUUUCCUCAACACCAAUGACGCUGAUCAGGCAUGAAAAGGACACGUGUCACCUUUGUGAGAUACUGCCUGUCAUCUUUGCAUCAGUAAAACACUCAACUGCAAAAAUUCACAAAAUCAUCUAACACAAGCACAUGAAUAUAUAGCUAUUUUCUACGAAAAUUGAACCAUUUUCACUUAAAUUUGAGCUAAAAAACACUACUUUCUUCCUAAAAUCACCCAAAUCACCUGCACCGUACGUGUGCUCGAUUCGUCCUGCUCACUGACGUGAUAGUCAUGCGGAAGGAGCCGAUAUCUAGCGACCGUUGCCAAGGAAACGGGACACGCACACAUUACCUAGCGUGGUGCGCGUGGCCGUACCUAGCAACGGUAAACAUAAACAAACCACGCAGGAACUUCCUUCGGUGCGCUGGUUGUCGAAUGCGAAAUAAGGAACUGGUGAAUAGCUAACUUUCUUCGUGUCCUGUCAUCGGUAGUAAAACCGGAAAGAUUAAGGUUAGCCUUAACCCUGAAUACACUGUGUACACUAAUAAUUUUGUACCUCAAUUUUGAACGUUUAUUGCGCAAAUCUACCUGAGGCAGUCAAACAUUUUUUCAGCAAAUGUUUGGAUGCCACGCCAAAAAAUAAUUGAUAAUGUGCCAUUAAGUCUUUUAAAAAAAUUUAACUUAUUGACUACUCGAAAAAAUUGUAAAUUAUGCAAGCAAAUGAUAGUCAGAAAGGCUUGGUGAGUAAACUGCGAUAAUCACUGACGCACAAUUGUAUGAUUUCUCUAAAUUCUGGGUGAAAAAGAGUAUAAAAGCAAGAGUUUCAGGCAUAUAUUUUAAUGGUUAAAUCAAGCAAAUUGCCGUUUACAUUGUCCUCCAUAGGCAUGUUCCACUCACUGUAUUCAACUUAUUUAUCAGGCGCUUCAUCCAAUUUAUCAGUCUGGACCUGCUACAGAAAUCCUCGAUAAAGGUCAUGGUGUAAUGCCUCCGUCUGCCAAUUAAAUCCCCUUUUCACUUUUUUUCUUGGCGAAUGCAUUUAUGCUCUCUGUCCAAGUGGACGGCCCGUCAGCUCCAUAAUCGUUAUUCUUAAACUAAUAACCAAACACAAAGAUAAUCUUGAGUAUUUGCUGCUUAAACAAUUGAUGUUUUUGCAUGAAAUUCGUUCUGAAUAGUUUUUUUUUCACGAGUAAUAAAUAAAGUUAAAAUGAGUUUUAAAUGAUCAGUGUUUAAAUACCUGUAAAAAAUGCUGUAAAAACGAUAAUACUUCAAUAUUAGCCAACAAAAGAAACCAACUUUUUUUCUUCAGUGUUUAGGCAUUUAAGGGUUCACAACAUGUGCAUUAGGCAUUAGACUAGACCGAAGGCGUUUAAAGCUUCACUAGAGCGUAGCUAGACGAAUAAUUCAAUAAUUCCCAUCAUAGUUGAUCAAACAAUGUUUACAUAGCGAACGAUUGUGGUAACACGAACUCAACACAUUUAUCAUGCAAUCAGGGCUUGGUUUUUUGCACUUGUUUGCACGGUCGAGAGGUUGAAAUAAAAAGCAAAUUAUUAAAUAUUCA